AUGGCUGACUGUGAAGCUCAGUCUAUCCGGUUCCAGUCUGAACUGACGCCCCAACUGUCCUCUGGGGCCGUUGUUUCUGUGCCCGCAUCUGAUGAAUUCCAUCACUCGAACUUACGCUUCACCCAGUAUGAGCGACCAACAUACUUACUAGCUGUUCGCCCUGCCUGUGAGGAUGAUGUAGUCAAGACAAUAAGAUAUGCCAAAGCCAAUGGGCUCCCCUUUGCGACAAGAGCAGGCCAUCAUUGUGUUUCGACGACAAUGCGACAUCUCAAGGAUGGCAUCUUAUUGGAUAUGCGUUCUCUGAAUAGCAUUUCUUUCAACGAUGAGACGAUGCAGGCAACAGUUGGCGGUGGUAUUCUCACAGAUGAAUUCGUUCGCUUCUUGGAGAGCCGGGGAAUGGAAGUCAAUGUCGGUUCCUGCCCCACGACUGGGUUGAUCGGCGUUUCCUUUGGCGGCGGCCUUGGCAGGCUUCAAGGCAAGUAUGGUCUGUUGCACGAUAGCAUGAUAUCUUGCAGACUCGUGCUCGCCGAUGGCUCCGUCAUCAACGUAUCCAAGGAAUCGCAUCCCGAUCUAUUCUGGGCGAUACGUGGUGCCGGGCACAAUUUUGGAAUAGCCGUCGAGGCAACUUUUCAGGUAUAUCCUGAAGCACACGGCGGGAUCCAUUACAGCUGGGACUUGGAUUUUGGGCUCGACCAAUGCGAUGAUCUUUUCUCUAAGUUGAACGAGGUACACGAGGUCAUGCCACCAGAGCUUGCCAUCUUCAUCCUAUGGAACAGACAAAACAAGUCAGGACUCAAGAAUCUUAUUCUCAUCAACCUCGUCUGGUCAGGUGAGGAGUCAGCUGCGGAUGAGUGGGUGGAGAAGUUUGAAGCUUUGGGCCCUGUGGAAAGCAGUGGCAAGAUCAAGACUACAUGGUCAGAGCUCCCCUGGACAACUUACAAUGGCCAGAACAAAUUGUUGAGCAAGCCCGAGCUUUGGGCAAGGAAGCGAUACGCAAUGAUGGGAGCCGUGAGUGUGGAAAAGUUCGAUCUUCCGACGACCAAUGCAUUCUUCCACAGCCUCAAGGAAAUGAAUGAGAAAUGGGCAGGGAAGGGACUUUUCGGCGCCAUGUUCGAGUGUCUGCCGCACCAUCGGACACGUCAAUUUCCAGCAGACUCAACAGCGUUUCCCUGGAGAUGGGGCACGAACCAUUUCUUGAUGAUGACAGCCACACCUCUCAGUCUUGAAGAUCGUGAUGCUUUCGAAGGGCACCUUGAUAAGUGGAAGAGGCAAUUCAUUGAGGUAUCUGGCUACGGUCGUCUUCAACAAUACGUCAACUAUGGGAACACCACAUCUACAAUGCAGGAUCCCCCAGAAGCGCUAUACGGUUACGAGCCAUGGCGUUUGGAGAAGUUAAGGGGCUUGAAACACAAAUAUGAUCCCGAAAAUGUGUUCAGAUGGUAUCAACCACUUUUGUAA